CGGUGCUUGUGUGUGAAAAACAGGCGCAUGCGCUCCACGAGACCUGAGACACGGACGGGGAGCGUCAGACCGCAGCGGCUGCAGAUUUUCCCGUCAGCCGGGGGGGAGAGGACAGCAGGGAGAGAUGAUGGGAGGACUGUAAUCCCGGGGGAGGGAUGGACCAUGGACGGACGGAUUGAUUCAACGCACAGAACCACGGAGAUUCUCACUUGACACAACACUAUCCACCGUAUUCCGCUCGGAUGCGCGAGGAACGACACAGAGAUGGGAAGUGAUUUACGGUUGCGCGUCCAUCUGAAGUGAUGAGACAGAAGCGCGCGGCUGAAUCCUUCUGUCAGGUUGUAUAAUGGAGAGCCCCAAUGGCUCCGACACCAAACCGCAGAGCCAUCAUCCUCAUCCUCAGGUGGAAAAGAAGAGGUUAAACCGCGCACCGUCCCCUGCCAGACCCGUCCUGAAGGAUGUCCAUUCGCGAACGGCCAAACCGAUCGUGCCAAAAUCCCCCAAAUUCAACAAGCAGCAAACGUCCUCCGCACCGGUGACGCCUCAUAGCCGCGUCCCGAGACGCACCGUCCCGGGCGCGAAGGACAAAACCGCAUCAGCACCUGCAAAAAGCAACAGCAAACCCUCAGCGACAAAAAAGGCGGUUAAGGUCACUCAGCAUGCAGCAUCCGAACCGAAACCGGCGUGCAAAGCGGUUGAUGCCGCCGCUCCGCAGAUCCCCAAGAGCAAGGGGAGGCUCGCCCCGAUACGCGUUCCCACCGCACGCGGUGUCUGCCAGACGGACAGCAGCUCGGAUUUGUCCGAUUGUCCCUCCGAGCCGUUGUCCGACGAGCAGAGACUGGUUCAGGCCGCCAGUAGCGAUGCGGAGUCCGGCUCCGGUUCCGGUUCGAGUGAGCAGGUGGUCGGGGUUCGGGUGCGCGCGCUCGCGCUCGGAGCGGGAGGAUCUCAGGCUUCAUCGGCGCCCGGUGCGCACGGGGACCAAUGCAAAGCGGAGAAAGACGCACAAUUUAAAACGGAGGGCAAGGAAAUGGCCCAGGAGGAAAUGCUGAGGGAAAUCGAAGACCUUCGAUCGGAAAAUGACUACCUCAAGGAUGAAGUGGACGAGUUGCGAGCAGAGAUGGAGGAGAUCAGGGACAGUUACCUGGAGGAGGAGGUGUACCAGCUCCAGGAUAUACGCAGGGAACUGGACCGCUCCAACAAGAACUGCCGGAUCCUUCAGUACCGCCUGCGCAAGGCCGAACAGAAGAGUCUGCGUGUUGCACAGACCGGACACGUCGACGGAGAGCUUCUACGUGGAAUGGAGCAGGACCUGAAGGUGGCCAAAGAUGUAUCUGUGCGUCUGCACAAUGAACUGGAGACGGUGGAAGACAAGCGUACGCGAGCGGAAGAUGAAAACGAGCUGCUCAGGCAGAAGAUCAUCGAGGUGGAGAUCUCCAAACAGGCCAUGCAGAACGAGCUCGAGAGAGCCAAAGAGACUGCUCUGCGGAGGAGAGGCAGUAGAGAAACUUUCAAAGAUAAGAAGUCUUUAACUCAGGAGGACAGUGCAGAUCUGCGCUGUCAGCUACAGUUUGCCAAGGAGGAAUCGGCCCUUAUGCGUAAAAAGAUGGCAAAAAUUGGCCGUGAGAAGGAUGAACUGGAACAGGAAUUGCAGAAGUAUAAAUCAGUAUAUGGCGAUGUGGACAGCCCUUUGCCCCUGGCGGAGGUGUCCGGUGGAGGACCUCACACCACCCGGGAAGCCGAGUUACGGUUACGGCUCAAACUGGUUGAAGAGGAAGCCAACAUCCUGGGGAGGAAGAUUGUGGAGCUGGAGGUUGAGAACCGUGGCCUCAGGGCGGAAAACGAAGACCUGCGCUGCCAAUAUGAGAGGGAUUGCUUUGGGCGCGAACCCUUCUCAAGUGUCCCUACCUCACCGUAUGGUGGCGAUGCCCUGGAAUCUGCAAGCGAAUUGCGACGGCACUUGCAGUUUGUUGAAGAGGAGGCGGAGCUGCUGCGUCGCUCCAUUUCUGAGAUCGAGGACCACAACAAACAACUGACAUCCGAGCUCAACCGCUUCAAAUUCGGGCCUAGCCAAGCCGACCGGGAGUCCGAAGGAGCUGAGGGUGGAAGUGCUGGUGCGAUCAAACCUGGUAACGGAGGAGGUAAUGGUUUUUCGGGAGCAGGGAGUGGCGCCACACUCCAGGAGGAGCUGAAAGCCGCUAGACUCCAGGUCAACGAGCUAAGUGGGAAGGUCAUGAAGCUUCAGUACGAGAACCGGGUGCUAAUCUCGAAUAUGCAGCGCUGUGACCUGGCAGCACACUUGGAAAUGCGCACCAGUAGCCCUGAUGUGGAUAGUGAUCCCGGGCGAAGGGAAACAGAUGAGGACGAGACUGCCAGGCUUCUGCUGCUCCACCCCAAACGUGAGGGUCCUGUUGGCGGUGAGAGCGACUCUGAUGACUUGUUUGAGAAGACGGCCACCUCUGGAUUCGCCAGUGGCGAGAAACCCUCAGAUACUGGUGAGCUGGGAGUGGCCGAGUUGGCCCAGCGGAGACGGGAAGACCGAGAGACGCUCAACAACGUCAGGCGUGAAGCUGAACGGCUUGGAAAAACAGUGGGCCGGCUCAUCACGGAUACGGACAGUCUGAUCCGCGAAGGUAGUCUGGUAGUCCUGGGAGGGGAUCUUCUUGUAGAGGGUUCAGAGUUCAGGGGCGAUGGAGACUCUGCUGAAUCGAAACCCGACUCUCAGGUGCUAGAUUCGGUCAACACCCGCAUGAGGGCUUUCCGUACAGAACUCCAGCAAUUCAUGGACAAAGUGGACCACCUAGGGGAGGGUCUACGGGAUCGCGUCGAUGACCUUUCCCCGAUGCCCAACCUCACUGAAUCGAGCAGCUUCCUUUCCACUGUAACCUCCAUGUCAAGAGACUCGCCCAUCGGCACACUGGGAAGGGAUCUGGUGACGGACUUCCAGGAGUGGUGUCUAGACCGGCAGAGUGGCACGGAUGGGUCAGCCGCAGCCAGGGGAACCCCUGGACUCAGUAGAUACGCCAGAACACACAGUUUCAGACCCGAGUUUCGUGAGCCGGCUCUGCCUGAGACGGGACUUUCUACCAGAGAGAUUCAACUACGCCUGGACCAUGACCGGAGGAUGAGAGCUGGACCGGAGGAGAGAGACGGCUUCUCUUCAUCCAUCCCUCAGGAGGAGGAGAGGAGGCGCGCAGAGGCACGGCGAGGACUCGAGCUGCAGGGACUUCAAUCCCAUGAGCCAACAUGGCCGCAGGAAAGAGUGCAGCUGCAACAGGAAGUGAGAUUGUUCCGCCACAAUAUAGUGAUCGUGUACAUGAAGCUGCGCUGGAUCCUCAUGCACUGGAGGCUCGGGCGCAGGACAGACGGGGUGGAUGAAGGUGCACAUGCUGAGUACGAACGUUUGGAGAACAUUCCAGAACUGGCCAUUACGAUCGACCAGGGUGAUGGAGAGAUGGGAAGGGAAGACAAAGUGUGUGGCCAAAUCACAGGAAGUGACCUCACAGAGCCCGGCCCUCUCCUGCUGUCUCCAGAGAGAUUCCAGCACCAGAAACAGGCAGGUGAGAGUCUCCGUGUGCUACACGCUCUUCGCUCUCUCCUGGAGGAGUUCAGGGCGGAGCUUCGGGAGGAGGCGCAGCGGCGCUGGCAGAUGCAGCAGACACUGGCCAAUGAGAGAGCGGCGUGGGAGAUUCAGCGCGCUGAGAUGAGGAGUCACGUCACCAAGGUCAGAGGUGAGUCUGCAGGCCCAGAUGAAGAUGAAAAUGAAGAUGCAGGUGUUGCAGACGCGGCUCAACAGGAACGGGAGGAACAGCGCCGUCUACUGGCCGACAGUCACAGCACGGCACUGGAGCUGCGCUGGAAACUGCAGCAUGGAGAAAAGCGCUGGACGCGCGAGAGGAAUGAUCUACUGGAGCGCUUCGAGAAAGAGAGGCAGGAAUGGGACCGCAGUUUACGGGAUAUGCACCACAAGAUGGAAAAGAUGCAGAGAGAUAUUGUUCAGUCAGCAGAAGGAGGUGCAGCGCAUGUCUUCUCCCCUCAGGAGAGCCCGUGUAAGGCUCCUCGGUCUCCACGCUCACCCUGCGCCGCUGCACACAUGCGCUCACACUCGGACUCAGAGGCCACUCUGGAGGAGAAGGGGGCGGCCGGCAGAUCCAGACCCUGUGAGGGACACCGGCCCCCGGAGAGCCUGUUCCUGGACGCCCUCUCGCUGGACCCCCUGAGCGAGGCCGAGGUGCCGCCUCCAUCACGUCUGGACAGCGAAAAGAGGUUCUCCCAUCUGAACGAAGCACUGAAUGAGAUUUCUGAGAGUGGGGAUUCUGCCAUUUACCCUGAGGAAGAGACGAGCAGCGGCAGCCUACUCAGGGCGAAGUCAGUUUGCUCCAUGAGCGACUUCCAGCGUUUAAUGGACAGCUCCCCCUUCCUACCAGAUAAGAGCAAGCAUGGCGAACAUAUGCGGGACGAUGUGACCCCUCCCCUUUCACCGGAUGACCUCAAAUACAUUGAGGAGUUUAAUAGUAAGGGUUGGGAUCUGCCCACCAGCUCCCUGGCCUCUUGUCCCAUUCCUGGCCCAGUAAUGCCCUCUCCGGGGAUGGAGGCCUGGGCCGAAUCCCGAAGGGCCGAGUCGACUUCAGAAGCAUUCCAGCCAGCCUCCUGGUUCCUGACCACCAGCGCCACCUUGACCACCAACACCAUAAGUAGCCCUGAGUACUGCCAAAUGCUCCCGCUCAGAGUGACCCAGGGUGGAGACCAGUUUGGGGUGCAUAUCCUCCACAGUCCCGCUCGAGGGGAGCGAUCAGCUCCAAGCACGUCCGAACAGGAGUACAUGUUCUCCAAAGUGACUCAAGUAAAGGCAGGGGAGGUUGUAGGAGGUGCAGAAGAGGUGUUUGGAGGAACGUGGCCAUGUGAGAUUAGGAGUCAUUUGGAGGCAGGACUUAGGCCUGUAGAAAGUCCAUUGAUUUGCCCUGCGGUUGGAUUUACCUCAUCAUUAGAGCUGGAGCUGUCUCGCAAUCUGAGUGACGACAUGAAGGAAAAGGCAUUUGCUAUGCGAUCAUCUGCAUCUGGAUCCAGCCCUCCGGAAAGGCAGCUACGGGACAUGUCGUGCCAGACGAAUGGUUUUACCACGCGUUGGACACAAACCACCCAGACCAUCAGCGUGGGACUGCAAACGGAGGCUCUUCGCACCAUCACAAGCAGCCCUCACCGGUGUCUAACGCCUAAAGGAGGCUCUACUCCCAUCUCAUCCCCUUCUAGGAGCCUUAGGAAAAUGCAGUACUCGCCAGUCGUACAGGCUAAGUUUGAACGCCCGUGUUGUUCUCCGAAAUACGGCUCACCCAAGCUCCAAAGGAAACCCUCAAACGCUGGCAAAGCAGAGCAACCGGUCGGCCAGACUCGUGCUCCCACUCCAACAACCACUUCCCAGCAGCAAAAAGGCAACAAUGAAUCCGCUUGGGCUCGGUCCACGACGACUAGAGACAGUCCCGUUCACACCACCAUCAACGACGGGCUCUCCAGCCUCUUCAACAUCAUCGACCACACGCCCGUCGCUUACGACACCAUGCAGAAGUUCAAUAAGUCCCCUAGCCGCUCUCGUCCCACUGAAGCAGGGCCAACAGAUCCCAAAUCUCCCAGUGUUUGUGCUGCGCAGGGGCCUUUAAGAAACUCUCGGGGCCGGUCCCCAAGCCCUGUUCAGCUCAUUGUAGAGACGCAGGGCGAGAAAACCCCAGAGGGGAUUAGCAUCAGACAGGACCUGUCCGCUCCUCCGGGAUACACGCUGGCGGAGAACGCUGCACGGAUCCUGAAUAAGAAACUACUGGAGCAGAGCUUCAGAGAGGAGAGGAGGCUUUCCGCUUCAUCCGCGGCGGCUCCCAACAGAACCGGAGACACAGAGAAACCUGGAUGUCUUGAGGACUUGCCCCGUUCCUCAGUGGCUCCACCUCUGGACUCCUGUUUCCUUCGACCGGCUCGUCCUGCCAACCGUCGACCCCCGUCCCGCUGGGCCGCCCACUCGCCCUCAUCCUCACCCAAACACACGCAGCGCACAGUGAGGUUCCUCUUCCCCUCGGCUCAGGCCAUCCCGGACACAGAGGAGCCCGGGCAGGAGGUUUCCCCACACACGUAACCAGCCUAGAUACAUCCUUUUGCACUUUCUUUUAACCAACCCCUUUUAGUUG